UUGGUCGGGGGAACGCAGCGCUGCAUCAAAGAUGGCUUAUUAUCAGCCAACAUUUGGUUCAUUUAGGAGUAAUAUUGUGACAAAAUAAGAGACAUCUUGCAAGAAGACAAAGCGGAGAGCCGGUGGUAGCUGUCGCGAGCAGUGUUAGCACUCUCGUCGCACUACGCACCUCUUGCUCUCUCCGUGCGCUAACGUUAACUUGUCCCCACUGUGCUAGCUAGUUAGCUGACAUAGUAAAUAUUAGCUAGUCAAGCAGGCUCGCUUAUUGUAGAUUGCUAAAAUGGCCACCAUGGAGAAACUGAUGAAGGCCUUUGAGUCUCUGAAGUCAUUCCAGCAACAGCAGGGGCCACCGACCGCUGAGGAGCUUGUCCAGAGACAAAAAAAGGAGCAGGCUACCACAAAGAAGGACAGGGUGACCCACUGUCUGACAAUAUGUGAAAACAUCGUGGCUCAGUCACUGAGUCCUGGGAACAGAACAUCUCCAGAGUUUCAGAAACUGCUUGGCAUCGCCAUGGAGAUGUUCCUGCUUUGUAGUGAUGACAGCGAAUCAGAUGUCCGGAUGGUAGCCGAUGAGUGCCUGAACAAAAUCAUCAAAGCAUUGAUGGACUCCAACUUGCCUCGACUGCAGCUGGAGCUGUACAAAGAAAUUAAAAAGAAUGGUGCCUCUCGGAGUCUGAGGGCAGCUUUGUGGAGGUUUGCUGAGCUUGCCCACCUCAUCAGACCACAGAAAUGCAGACCCUACCUGGUAAACCUGUUGCCGUGCCUCACCAGAAUUACCAAGCGGCAGGAGGAGAUGGUGCAGGAGACAUUGGCUGCAGCAAUGCCCAAGAUCAUGUCAGCUUUGGGACAUUUUGCCAAUGAUAGCGAGAUUAAGGUGCUGCUGAAGUCCUUUGUGGCCAACUUAAAGUCCAGCUCCCCCACCAUCAGACGGACAGCAGCCAGCUCGGCUGUCAGUGUGUGCCAACACUCCAGACGCACCAGCUACUUCUACACCUGGCUUCUUAAUGUGCUGCUGGGUCUGCUGGUUCCAGUGGAUGACGAACACCCGAGCCACCUCAUUCUGGGGGUUCUGUUAACGCUUCGCUACCUGAUGCCUCUGCUGCAGCAGCAAGUCAACACCACGAGCCUCAAAGGAAGCUUUGGAGUGAUGAGAAAAGAGGCUGACGUGCAGCCAACACCUGAACAACUGCUGCAGGUGUACGAGCUGACCCUACACUACACGCAGCACUGGGAUCACAAUGUGGUCACAGCUGCUCUGGAGCUCCUGCAGCAGGUGUUCAGGACUCCCCCUCCAGAGCUCCUGCACAUGCUCAUCACCGCCGGCAGCAUUCCACAUGCCAGUGUGUUUCGACAGGACACUGAGAACCGAGCGCGUUCUGGCAGCAUCCUUGAGCUCAUUGCAGGGGGAGGGUCUUCCUGCAGUCCACUCCUUCUCAGGAAACAGAGAGGUAAAAUGCUCUCGGGGGAGGAGGAUGGGUUAGAGGAUGACCCUGACAGGACUGACGUCACGACUGGUGCCUUCGCAGCAUCAGUCGUAGGCGCAGACGGCUCCUCUGCGGCCCAGGUGGACAUCAUCACCGAGCAACCACGCUCCUCCCAGCACACUCUGCAGCCCGGUGACUCUGUGGACCUCAGCGCCUCCUCAGAGCAGGGCGGCGGUGGAGGCGGGACGUCUGCGUCAGGCACUCCAGAGUCACCCAAUGACAACGAGGAGGAAAUGCUGAGUCGGAGCUCCAGCGGCGGAGCCAACGUUACGCCAGAAACGGCUGACUACACCACACCAGAGAAUGCCACUCCAGAGGGUGGGCCCCUAGGAGAAGGAGGGCCACUGCUAGGCACCAAUGAUCGCUCACUUCCACCCAGCGACUCCUCCCAGACCACCACAGAGGGACCAGACUCGGCUGUCACCCCUUCAGACGUAGCAGAACUGGUCCUGGAUGGCAGUGAGAGUCAAUAUUCUGGGAUGCAGAUUGGAACACUACAGGAUGAAGAGGAUGAAGGAACACCGUCUUCCUCGCAGGAAGAACCCCCAGAACCCUUCCUGCAGUCAGCACUGGCUCUGAGCAAGCCCCACCUCUUCGAAGGCAGAGGUCACAACCGGCAGGGUUCAGACAGCAGUGUGGACCGCUUCAUACCAAAAGAUGAACCUGCUGAACCUGAACCUGAUAAUAAGCCAUCACGAAUCAAGGGUCCAAUUGGACACUAUACAGACCAGGGGGUGGAGCCGCUAGUGCACUGUGUACGGCUUCUUUCUGCUUCUUUUCUGCUGACAGGCCAAAAAAAUGGUUUGAUCCCUGACAAAGAGGUGCGAGUGAGCGUGAAGGCCUUGGCAGUCAGCUGUGUUGGAGCAGCAGCUGCACUGCAUCCUGAAGCCUUCUUUAAUUCCCUCUACCUGGAGCCGCUGGACGGCAUUCCAGUAGAAGAACAGCAGUAUAUCAGUGAUGUUCUGGGCCUCAUUGACCAUGGGGACCCCCAGAUCAGAGGCGCCACAGCCAUCCUAUGCGGAGCUAUCAUACAGGCUGCUCUCACCAAAACACGCUACAACAUACACACUUGGCUGGCCGGUGUGCAGAGUGCAACUGGUAACCCUCUGUCCCUGGUGGACUUGGUACCUUUGCUCCAGAAAACUCUGAAAGACGAAUCCUCCGUCACCUGCAAGUUGGCUUGUUCUGCAGUCAGGCACUGCAUCAUGACGGUGUGUAGCAGUACCCUGAGUGAGCUUGGCUUGCAGUUGGUGAUAAAUCUGUUUGCUCUGAGGGACUCUUCCUAUUGGCUUGUUCGCACUGAGCUCUUGGAAACUCUGGCUGAGUUGGAUUUCCGAUUGGUUAAUUUCUUGGAGAGGAAAACUGAGGUUUUACACAAAGGAGAUCACCACUACACUGGGUGUCUGCGGCUGCAAGAAAGGGUCCUGAAUGAUGUGGUCAUACGUCUGUUGGGAGAUGAUGAUCCAAGAGUACGGCAUGUGGCUGCCUCUACAGUCAGCAGACUGGUUCCCAGGUUGUUCUAUGACUGUGAUCAGGGCCAGGUGGAUCCGGUGGUGGCGAUAGCUCGGGACCAGAGUUCAGUCUACCUGCAGCUUCUUAUGCAUGAGACACAGCCCCCUUCCCAGUUUACAGUUAGCACAAUCACAAGGACGUACCGAGGCUACAACCUGUCCAACGCUGUGUCUGACGUCACAUUGGAGAACAACUUGUCGAGAGUUGUUACUGCCGUCUCCCACGCUUUCACUUCGUCUACCUCCAAAGCCUUAACUUUUGGCUGCUGUGAGGCCUUGUGCCUCCUGGCUUCAAAUUUUCCAGUGGGCACUUGGAGCACAGGCUGGCACUGUGGCUAUAUUAGCUCCAGCAGCCACUUUUCUUCCCGCUCCAGUCUCAACCGCAGUAGGGGCAGAGCCCUCAGUUUGUCACAGCCCAGCAGUGCUCCAGCCUCAUCGACCACCUCAUCUGUACCAGACACUGAGCGGAGGACUCUGACAGUAGGAAUGGCCAACAUGGUGCUGUCUUUACUAUCCUCUGCCUGGUUUCCACUGGAUCUCUCAGCACAUCAGGACGCACUAUUGCUUUCUGGCAACCUGCUCGCUGCUGUGGCUCCUAAAUGCAUGCGCAACCCCUGGGCAGGAGAGGAGGAAGGCAGUAGCGGGAACACCAGUGGAGGUCCAAAUAAGAUGGAAGAGCCCUGGGCAGCGCUGUCGGAGCGCUCCCUGGUGGCCAUGGUGGAGCAGCUCUUCUCCCACCUGCUUAAGGUCCUCAACAUCUGCGCCCAUGUGCUGGAUGACACACCACCAGGACCAGCAGUUAAGGCUGCCCUCCCCUCGCUGAGCAACACCCCCUCCCUCAGUCCCAUUCGUAGAAAAGGCAAAGAGAAGGAGGCUACUGAGCCCAGUGCUGCCCCGAUGAGCCCAAAGAAAAGCAAUGAGGUUAACACAGGCAGACCAGCAGACAGCACAGGGUCCACAGCAGUAAACAAAUCCACCACCAUUGGCAGCUUCUACCAUCUGCCCCCCUACCUCAAGCUCUACGAUGUGCUUAAAGCUACACACGCCAACUACAAGGUAACGUUGGACCUCCACAGCAGCCAGGAGAAGUUUGGAAGUUUCCUGCGUUCCACCUUAGAUGUUCUGUCUCAGCUGCUGGAGCUGGCCACACUACAUGACAUCGGCAAGUGUGUGGAGGAAAUUUUGGGCUACCUCAAGUCCUGCUUCUCCAGAGAACCGACCAUGGCUACUGUUUGUGUACAACAGUUGUUGAAGACCCUGUUUGGGACCAACCUGGCCUCCCAGUAUGAGGGUGUCCUGAGUGGACCCAGCCGUUCCCAGGGGAAGGCUCUCCGUCUGGGCUCUUCCAGCCUGCGACCCGGCCUCUACCACUACUGUUUCAUGGCUCCAUACACACACUUCACCCAGGCUCUGGCUGAUGCUAGUCUUCGAAACAUGGUACAGGCUGAGCAGGAGCAAGACGCCUCUGGAUGGUUUGAUGUGAUGCAAAAAGCAUCCAAUCAGCUAAGGUCCAACAUUGCAAAUGCAACACGUCACAGAGGAGAUAAGAAUGCCAUCCACAACCACAUUCGACUGUUUGAACCGCUGGUAAUCAAAGCUUUGAAGCAGUACACCACCAGCACCUCUGUGGCCCUGCAGAGACAAGUGCUAGACCUGCUCGCCCAGCUUGUGCAGCUCAGAGUCAACUACUGCCUACUCGACUCGGAUCAGGUCUUCAUAGGCUUUGUUCUAAAGCAAUUUGAGUACAUUGAAGUGGGACAGUUCAGGGAUUCUGAGGCCAUCAUUCCCAACAUCUUCUUCUUUCUGGUGCUGCUGUCCUAUGAGCGCUACCAUUCCAAGCAGAUUAUCAGCAUCCCCAAGAUCAUCCAGCUCUGUGAUGGCAUCAUGGCCAGCGGCAGGAAGGCUGUCACACAUGCCAUCCCAGCCUUACAGCCAAUAGUACAUGACCUGUUCGUCUUGAGGGGUUCAAACAAAGCAGAUGCAGGCAAAGAGCUGGAUACGCAGAAAGAAGUGGUCGUCUCCAUGCUGCUCAGACUCGUACAGUACCAUCAGGUGCUGGAGAUGUUCAUCCUUGUGCUGCAGCAGUGCCACAAAGAGAAUGAAGACAAGUGGAAGAGAUUGUCCAGACAGAUAGCUGAUGUCAUUCUUCCCAUGAUUGCCAAGCAACAGAUGCAUCUGGACUCUCCGGAGGCUCUGGGAGUGUUGAACACUCUGUUUGAGACUGUGGCUCCCUCCUCCCUCAGACCUGUAGACAUGCUGCUCAAGAGUAUGUUCACCAUCCCAGCAACCAUGGCAUCUGUAGCUACAGUCCAGCUGUGGGUUUCUGGUAUCCUGGCAGUGCUCAGGGUGCUGGUCUCCCAGUCCACUGAGGACAUCGUUCUGUCUCGGGUCCACGAGCUCUCACUCUCCCCACAUCUCCUCUCCUGCCACACAAUCCGCCGUCUGCAUCAGCAGAGCCUCUCCCCCAAUGGCCCACCUGCUGCUGACACACUCGCUAACCAAGAAGCUAAUGGUGAAUCUCAAAAGGCUCCCCCUGAGGAAACCUUUGCCAGGUUCCUCCUCCAGCUUGUAGGCGUGUUGCUGGAUGACAUUUCCACCAGGCAGGUUAAAGUGGAUAUCACUGAGCAGCAACACACCUUCUACUGCCAACAGCUGGGCACACUGCUCAUGUGUCUCAUACAUGUCUUCAAAAGUGGAAUGUUUCGCAGGAUUACAGCUGCAGCCAGUCGUCUCCUGAAGGGCGAGAGCGCUGGUGGUCAGACGGGCACCGAGGCCAGUCUCUUCUACCCCUUAGAGGGUCUGAACAGCAUGGUGCAGUGCCUCAUCACCACCCACCCAUCCCUGGUGCUCCUCUGGUGCCAGGUCCUCCUCAUCAUCAACUACACCAACUACUCCUGGUGGGCUGAGGUUCAUCAGACACCCAAAAGACACAGCCUCUCAUGCACAAAGCUGCUGAGCCCUCACUCCUCAGGGGAGGGUGAAGAGGACAAGCCUGAGUCCCGGUUAGCCAUGGUCAACAGAGAGAUUGUACGCAGAGGAGCACUAAUCCUCUUCUGUGACUAUGUGUGUCAGAACCUCCAUGACUCAGAGCAUCUAACCUGGCUGAUUGUCAACCACGUGCGUGACCUAAUCAACCUUUCCCAUGAGCCUCCAGUGCAGGACUUCAUCAGCGCCGUCCACCGCAACUCAGCUGCCAGUGGCCUCUUCAUCCAGGCCAUCCAGUCCCGCUGUGACAACCUCACUACUCCCACCAUGUUGAAGAAAACAUUACAAUGUUUGGAAGGCAUCCACCUCAGUCAGUCUGGAUCUCUGCUGAUGCUUUAUGUGGACAAGCUGCUCAGUACCCCCUUCAGGGUUUUGGCUCGCAUGGUGGACACACUGGCAUGUCGCAGGGUAGAGAUGUUGCUGGCUGAGACACUACAGAAUAGUAUAGCGCAGCUACCUCUGGAAGAACUGGACAGGAUCCAAGAAUACCUCCAGACCAGUGGCUUGGCUCAGAGGCAUCAGAGGUUCUACUCCCUGCUGGACAGGUUCAGAGCCACUGUUGCCGACACUAGUAGCCCCACCCCUCCGGUGACAUCACACCCUCUAGAUGGAGAUCCACCCCCCGCCCCUGAACUGGUUAUUGCAGAUAAGGAGUGGUAUGUGGCUCUGGUAAAGUCUCAGUGCUGCCUUCAUGGAGACGUUUCCCUGUUGGAGACGACAGAACUUCUUACCAAACUACCUCCUGCUGAUCUCUUCAACAUCAUGAGCUGCAAGGAGUUUAACCUUAGCCUGUUGUGUCCAUGCCUGAGUAUGGGAGUGCAGCGGUUAGCGCGAGGUCAGGGGUCACUUUUGUUGGAGACAGCUUUGCAGGUGACCCUUGAGCAACUAGCAGGGGUCACCGGGUCACUUCCUGCCCCACACCAGUCCUUCCUGCCACCGCCCCAAACCCAACCCUACUGGAGCCAAUUGGGUGACGUGUAUGACCAGCCAGGUUUCUAUCCCAGGGUUUUGUCACUCUGCAGAGCACUGUCUCAGUAUCUGCUGAGUGUGAGCCAGCUGCCUUCUUCACUACAUAUUCCCUCUGACAAAGAGCACCUCAUCACCACUUUUACUUGCACUGCUGCUGAGGUUGUAGUGUGGCGCCUGCUCCAGGACCACUUGCCUCUGAGUGUGGACCUGCAGUGGGCUCUGUCCUGCCUGUGUCUGGCUUUGCAGCAGCCCUGCGUCUGGAACAAACUCUCCACCCCAGAGUACUCCACACACACCUGCUCCCUCAUCUACUGCCUACGCCUCAUUAUUGUUGCAGUGGCUGUCAGUCCUGGCGACCAGCUGCUGCAUCCAGAGAAGAAAAAGACAAAAGAAGAUAGAGACGCUGAAGGAGACCAAGUGGACUCGGCACAUGCUAACCACAUGUGCGAGUGGCAAGCAUGUGAGAUCAUGGCAGAGCUGGUGGAGGGCCUGCAGAGCGUCCUUUCUCUGGGUCACCAUAGAAACUGUGUAUUUCCGGCUUUUCUCACACCAACAUUGCGCAACAUUGUUAUCAGUCUGUCACGGCUGCCUCUGGUCAACAGUUACACCAGAGUACCUCCACUGGUUUGGAAACUGGGCUGGUCCCCUCAGCCAGGAGGAGAGUUUGGAACAACGCUGCCAGAGAUCCCUGUGGACUUCUUGCAGGAAAAGGAUGUCUUUAGAGAGUUUCUCUACCGCAUCAACACACUAGGCUGGAGCAGCAGGACUCAGUUUGAGGAGACCUGGGCCACUCUGCUGGGGGUGCUGGUCACCCAACCAAUCACUAUGGACCAGGAGGAGGAGACACAGCAGGAGGAGGACUUGGAGCGUACCCAGUUGAAUGUGCUAGCAGUGCAGGCCAUCACCAGCCUGGUGCUGAGUGCCAUGACCCUACCCACCGCUGGCAACCCUGCAGUCAGCUGUCUGGAACAGCAGCCCCGCAACAAGAGCCUCAAAGCCCUGGAAACACGGUUUGGAAGGAAACUUGCAGUGAUUAGGGGUGAAGUGGAGAGAGAGAUCCAGGCUCUUGUAUCAAAGAGAGACAAUGUCCAUACACACCACCCAUACCACGCCUGGGACCCUGUGCCCUCACUGUCAGCAGCCUCUGCAGCAGGUACGCUGAUCAGCCAUGAGAAACUGCUGCUUCAGAUUAACACAGAGAGGGAGAUGGGCAACAUGGAUUACAAACUGGGGCAGGUCUCCAUCCAUUCAGUGUGGUUGGGUAACAACAUCACUCCUCUGAGGGAGGAAGAAUGGGGUGAGGAUGAGGAAGAUGAGGCCGACACUCCAGCGCCCACCUCACCACCCAUAUCUCCAAUUAACUCUAGGAAGCACCGUGCAGGGGUGGACAUUCAUUCAUGUUCUCAGUUUCUCCUGGAGCUUUAUAGCCAGUGGCUCAUCCCUGGCUCUCCAAGCAACAGGAGGACCCCAACCAUCCUCAUCAGUGAAGUGGUCCGAUCGCUGCUGGCGGUGUCAGACCUGUUCACAGAGAGGAACCAGUUUGACAUGAUGUUUUCCACCCUGAUGGAACUGCAGAAGCUCCACCCACCAGAGGACGAGAUCCUCAAUCAGUACCUGGUACCUGCCAUCUGCAAGGCGGCUGCUGUUUUGGGCAUGGACAAAGCAAUAGCCGAGCCUGUGUGCCGCCUGUUGGAGACGACCCUGCGCAGCACCCACCUGCCCAGCCGCAUGGGGGCCCUGCAUGGGGUGCUUUACGUGUUGGAGUGUGACCUGCUAGAUGAUACAGCCAAACAGCUCAUCCCCACCGUCUCUGAGUACCUUCUAUCCAACCUCAGGGCUAUCGCUCACUGUGUGAACCUGCAUAACCAGCAGCACGUGUUGGUGAUGUGCGCGGUGGCCUUUUACAUGAUGGAGAACUACCCUCUGGAUGUAGGAGCUGAGUUCAUGGCUGGAGUUAUACAGUUGUGCGGUGUGAUGGUGUCAGCCAGUGAGGACUCCACUCCCUCCGUCAUCUAUCACUGCGUGCUCCGUGGUCUGGAGCGCCUCCUUCUGUCCGAGCAGUUGUCACGUGUGGACGGAGAAGCGCUGGUCAAACUGAGCGUGGACCGAGUCAACAUGCCGUCGCCACACAGAGCCAUGGCUGCCCUCGGCCUCAUGCUUACCUGCAUGUAUACCGCGGUGCUUGCGUCGGGUUCAGACGUGACAGGGGUUAGAGGUCAGGUUGACUCUGGCUCUGCUGUUGCGGAGGCGGUGGGCGUCACGGCGGGUCAUGUUGGUUUCUCCUCAGGCAAGGAGAAAGCCAGCCCUGCCAGCCGCCCUGCCCACUCUGACCCCCAGGCCCCAGACAGCGAGUCAAUCAUUGUUGCCAUGGAGAGGGUCUCUGUGCUCUUCGACAGGAUUAGGAAGGGUUUACCCAGCGAGGCUCGCGUGGUGUCCAGGAUUCUGCCUCAGUUCCUGGAUGACUUCUUCCCACCACAGGACGUCAUGAACAAGGUCAUCGGAGAGUUCCUGUCCAAUCAGCAACCUUACCCUCAAUUCAUGGCCACCGUCGUCUACAAGGUUUUCCAGACACUCCAUGCUACAGGCCAGUCUUCCAUGGUGCGAGACUGGGUGCUGCUGUCUUUGUCCAACUUCACACAGAGGACACCAGUGGCCAUGGCCAUGUGGAGCCUCUCCUGCUUCUUUGUCUCUGCUUCCACCUCCCAGUGGAUCUCAGCUCUACUGCCACAUGUGAUCAGCCGAAUGGGCUCCAGUGAGGUGGUGGACGUCAACCUGUUCUGCUUGGUGGCCAUGGAUUUCUACCGACACCAGAUUGACGAGGAGCUGGACCGCAGGGCUUUCCAGUCUGUCUUUGAGACCGUGGCAUCGCCAGACAGCCCUUAUUACCAGCUGCUGGGCUGUCUGCAGUCAAUCCACCAGGAUACAUCGCUCUGAGGGCAGUGGACUGAGACGCCAGAGGGAAGGAAGCACGGGGAGAAAAGUGGAUUAGAAUGAGAUGUGGUAGGGUGAGAAAUUAGAUCUCCAUGUACACUUCCCCUAUGAGUUGUUAUGGCGCGAAAGAACAGAAUGUUUUAUUAGAAAAACCUACUGUAGCCUCAUCCUUACCCCCGCCUUGUCACUGAUAUGAAAUAAGUAGAACUACUGAACUCACCAGGAUGAUUUCAGUGGAUGAACAGAGGAAGAAAUAUGAAUCCAGUGUUAAGGUUUAUGUUAAAUGUAAAUGGGGCAGUCUCUGAAUAGGAAGAGUGAGCUCCUGCAUCUAUAUGAAGGACAGUGGCUGCAAAACUGUGGUUCAGCCCACAAACAACCCCCUGCUCCUCCCCGGACCGAUCCUCAAGACAUGACAGCACCUUGAACACUUCCUACCCAGCACCUUUUAUCAAAAAAAAAUAUAUAAAGAUAACGUUAAUCAAACACAAAAUUGGAUUUGUUUAUUUUCCUGUGAGGACUUGCUUGAGUAUUGUGAUGUCAGUAAAAUAAAACAGACAAAAAAAUAGAAAAUGGAAAGUAUUUACUAUAUUUAAAGUUUCAAUGCAUCUAUUUUUCAGUGAGUUUUGUUAAAGAGUGCUUUAGGUCUGACUAGGAUGCUGACGCAAAAGAGUCAGACAUGCCUGCUCAAUGUUGUCAAUAAUUAGUAUAUUUGGAGACCUUUUUAUAUUUAAGUUAGUUGUGGUCAUUCUGAGACACAGUUGUUAAAUAGUAGAAUAUUGUAUGUGUAAGAAUGAUCACUAAUAGCCAUAGUCUUUUUUUUUUUUUUUUUUCACGAGAAGCAGAUGAUUGCAGUUGUUUGUCACUGCAGAAAGUGCGACUCAUUUCUGCAAGUUGCUGCAACUAUUCUGGAUGUUAUAUUGAGAAGGCAGAGAACUACACCUGUAUGUACUGAGCAGUGGAAAAGAAAUCACACUUUCUGCCACGAUUCCAAAUUCAUACAUAAUUUUAACUGUUUACGGGCCCAUAUAUCUACACCUAAAUAACUGUCAAGCAAGAAAAAUACCAAAAUUUCAGUGAUGUUGUCUUCUUUUUUUUAACCAGUAGCAGGGGAGGGAGGGAAAAGCAUUUCCUCUGAUGAUUUUAUGGUAAUGCUUAUGUCUUGUCUUGUCUUCUUUUUUUUCUUUUCUUUGCAAUCUUGUAUGCUCCCCGGUUCACCUGAAUGAUUCCACCAAUCCAUUUCUUGUACUUUUUUAAUUCUCAGGAUGUAAGAUGUGAUUACAUUAUUGUUGUUGUAAUAAGACUGGAAGUAAUUUACAGUCCUCUUUGAAUGGAGUGACCUUCGUAUCUUGUAAAAAGUAAUUGUAUAGUAACAAGAAAGCCAUGGUGCAUGAUAAAAAUAAGGAUUGUGUAAAGAUAGGGAGGGGGGGGGCAUAGACCGUUUGAUAAUGUGAUGCCAUUUUCUUUUGUCUUAACACACGUACACAUGCACAAAAGAAAAUGAAAAAUCAGUGACUCAGCAGACCGCAGAAUGCAGAAAGCUUCAAGCUUAUAGUGUUUUAUUAAAGACUUGACCUAGAGUUGCCUGGGAGCGUGCUGGGCUUCGUUACUCUGUACAUACACUUGCCUUAGAUAAAACACUGAAUAUGUAUGUCCUGUACACUGAAGGCUUGAAAGCAUGCUUACUGCUAUUUUCUUGCAUUGUCUUUAAUACUGUAUUUCCAUGGGUACGGUUGCCAUGACUGUUUGUGUGGAAGAGAUGCAACACAAUCCAAAGGGAGCUUUGUAACCUUAGCGACCAACAGCAGCUUUGACAAAUCAACAGACGAGGAAGUGUAGCGAAGUGAUGCCACGUCACAGCAGGAGUUUUUUUUCUGUUUUUGUUGAGCUUUAAAUAUCGUUUUUGUCUCGGUUUAAGAUUGGUAAAUAUUUCAUCAUUCAUAGUCUUUGUGCAGAAUAUUAAACACACACGGCACUUAAAAACUUGAAGUUCUUUUCAUAUUGAUGUUAGGCGCUUUCUUGAUAUGCAAUGAGUCCUGCAGUAAGUAAACAUCACAAAGAGUUGGAUGCUAAAUAUGUUACCACUUUUUCCAACUUUCAAGGCAAUGACUGGUUUCCUUUGAUCAUGUCAAAAUAAUGUAUUCACUCAAUAAAUGACUGAGUCCUCUGUUAUUCCUCUGAAAUUCCAAUGUGAGGCCUCGCUGAAGCUGAUUAAAGGAUCCUAAAUGA